GUGCAAUGUGCCCCAAGCAGUCAAAUCAUCAGUGGUGUGGAGGUAAAUAAAGGAGAGUUUCCUUACACACUUUCACUGCAGAGAUUUAACGCAUCGACAGGAUGGAGUCAUGUCUGUGGUGCCACUCUGAUCUUCUUUGAGUAUGCAAUCACUGCUGCGACAUGUUUCCUUAGAUCGAGCGAUCCAAUAGAGUACAGAGUAGUUGCUGGACUACAUGAGUUAGCCAACACCCCAGAGCAACAGUUCUUGAGCGUUUUGACCAUAGACAUAAAUCCAGCAUUCUCAAAUGACCAAGCAAACGGUUACCCAAAUAACAUCGCAGUCAUCAGACAUCAGGCUGCCACAUACAAUGCCUACGUACACAGUAUACCAUUACCAAGUGCAGCAACCUUCUUCGACCAAUUCUGUAAUAUCACCGGAUGGGGCAGAUACGAAGACAUACUCAAGUUCUAUACAUGUGACCGCCACCGAAGAAUUGGAUCAAUCUACAAAUGAAGACAGUCAGCAUUCUGGCACACAUCCUCCAGGUGGCCAGCAGAGAGAAGUAAACAUGGAAAUCAUGGCAACUGUGCAAUCAUUAUGGAGUGAGCAUCCUUACCAAGGAGUGCGAUUAAAUGAUGCUAAGACUGACUUUGAAAUAGAAGAUGCUUUUAGUAGUUAUGCUAUCUAUAAACAGAUAGAUUGUCCCUUGAAAGAGAGGUAUGGCCAUUGGAAGGACGGAGGCUGGGAUAUUUGUGUUACACCUCCAUUUGGACUUUCCGAGGAUAAUUGCAUUGUUUAUUCAUUUGGGAUUGGACUCGAUUGGAGUUUCGAUGAUGCUUUGGCGAAAAGAAAGAGAUGCGAGAUAUAUUCAUUUGAUCCCACGAUCGGGAAAAAGCGACACAAAAGAGGAGACUAUAUACAUUUCUUUGACAUCGGAUUGGAGGACAAAAACCGCAAAAAUAGCUCAAAGGGUUUUGAAACUAAAACCUUUGACACAAUAAUUAAAGAAAAUGGACACACAAAUAAAAUCAUUGAUAUGUUAAAGGUUGAUAUUGAAGGAUCCGAAUGGGCAGUAAUUCCUAAUAUGUUCAAAACAGGCAUGCUCCACAAUAUCAAACAGCUCGCCAUGGAAAUACACACUUUCGGACGUAACACUUCUAUUGAAUUUUACAAACGUGCUUAUCGGGCAAUGGAAAUGUUAGACAAGGCAGGUUUCAGACGCUAUUACUCCGAGCCUAAUGACCACUGUAGAUAUUUUUCACCGUUUGAUACAGGAAGACGACCAGUUAAAAGAUGGGGUUGCUAUAACGUCUAUUACAUCAACAUCAACUUUGUAAAAUGAUGUCGUUGAAUACAUAACUACAUCCGUUUUAUUCAAUAAUAUGAUUUCAGUUAUUUUAUCAAUAUUUAUAACAUAGGAACAUCACAAUUUAGACUCAAAUGUCAUUAUUUCAAACAUUAGUCUGAGAUUUCUGAUAUGAUGGCGAUUUCAAAUUGUGCAAUCUGACUGACUUUCCAAUUUGUGAUAAAAGGCAAUAAGAUGCUCUGCGAUGCUAAUGUCCCCAUUGAAAUACUUGUAAGCUUGCUGCAUUCGAAUUUUAAUUUGCAAAACUUUUUGUUAAUUUGUUGUGCUUAUCAAACACGCGAAAUAAAAUUUAUACUACAUAUUUCGUAA